AUGGAUAUCAAUCAGCAUGGCGCACCAUGGCCUGUAGUGUCGAAUAUACUUGGCUGGUGUUACUUUUUUGCAUGGUCCUUUAGUUUCUACCCUCAGGUCAUUCUAAAUUGGCAGAGAAAAAGUGUUCAAGGACUAUCCGUGGACUUUUUGUACUAUAAUGUGCUAGGAUUCUUAUGCUAUUGGCUAUUCAAUGUGGCGUUUUUCUUUAGCAAGGAAAUCCAAGACGAAUAUAAGCAGAGAAAUCAAUCAAAAGCCAACCUUGUUCGCUUUAAUGAUGUCAUGUUUGCAAGCCAUGCACUCUUCAUAUCAUUCUUUACACUGUGUCAGACAUUCUACUACAAGAGAGAUAGCACUCAAAUCAUAUCAAAAAUUGCGAAAUAUUUCAUCUUGGCAUCCUUGAUUGGUGCAAUUGGAAUGGCAUUUAUAGUGCUUUACGGCUAUGCAAUGUGGAUCGAUCUACUCUAUUAUCUGAGUUAUAUCAAAUUGACAAUUAGUUUAAUCAAAUACAUGCCUCAAGCUUGGCUCAAUUUUAAGCGCAAAUCAACAAUCGGAUGGAGCAUUCAUAAUAUAUUACUAGAUUGCACAGGCGGUGUUUUGUCUAUUACACAGCUGUUGUUGGAUGCGUAUUUGAGUGGUGAUUGGAGUGGCGUAUUGGGAAAUCCUGUGAAGCUUGGUUUGGGCCUACAAUCGAUUGCAUUUGACAUUGUAUUCAUGGUGCAGCAUUAUAUACUUUAUAGAGAUCACACAGCUUCCAGCUUGAAUACAGUUGAUGAAGAGAGAAGAAGGCUUAUCAUUGAGGGUCGUGUGCCCCGUAUUGAUGAUCAAGAGGAGGAGGCAUUUGUAUGA